CAGCCAAUAUAUUUCACAGGAUCUAGCAAUCAAAAUAAAAUGGUUAGAGAAAUACUCGCCGAUUUGAAAUGUCAAAUCUAUCUUACCUAUUCUGAAAUGGUAGAAUUAUUCUACCACUAUAACCACUUCUUCUCUACGUAUAUUUAUAUUUAUCUCUCAUUAAAUUCACCAUAUUUUCUGAACAAAUCGUAACUUUUUUUUUUUUUUUUUCUGUGCAACCAAAACCCUAGUACUCAUGAAUCGUCCAAUCAUUAUCAAGGCACAAAACUUGAGAAUUAAUGCAGCCCUCGAAAAAAGCGAUGCAGCGGGACGCGAAUCACUUCCCGAACCGAAUUCUUGUUCGUCACCCAACGAAUGGGUCCUUUUGGAGGAUUCAUCAUCUUGUACGAAUUAUGCUAAUACAGAAGAAGCCUUCGAAUCGGGUUAUAGUAAUAAAAGUUUUUUCACGAGAAUCCGCAAUAAGUUAGUCCGAAAAUCAGCUUCUCUAGCUCGGAAUAAACUAGUCGAAUGUCCGUCCAAGAAUCGAGACGGUGAUAGCGUCUCGAUGGAUAAUUCAGAAUUAGCUAAAAAGUCCGACGAGGAUCAACGUGUGAAAUGUCCAAAUUGCCCUCGAGACCCGGCUGGAGAUUGUUCCAAGAACUGUGAUGUAGUACCGUUGCCCCAACACUACGCUCGUAGACUUUUUAACUGUCGAUUUUUGUUGGAUUUGAAUGAAUCGAAGUUUACUACUGUGGCUCCGAACGAAAGGUUUAGCAAAAAAAUCAGGCUGCUUAACAAUGGUUCGAGACCGUGGUCUCGUAAGUCGAAGCUUGUGUGGGUUGAUGGUGAUCGAUUAAGUGAUGAAAUCUCCGUCGAAAUAGAGGUAAGAAUUUUUUAUUAUUUUUUUUCCGCUUUUUUUCGUAGUAAUUGGCCUUAA